AGUUCACAUUAGCCUUCUCAACUUCCUUUCCUUUUAGCGGUGGCCAUAGAAGCGCAUCGACAUGGGCAAGUUCAUGAAGCCUGGGAAGGCCGUUAUGGUGCUGGCUGGACGCUACGCCGGCCGCAAAGCUGUCAUCGUCAAGAACAUUGACGAUGGAACCAGCGACCGUCCCUACAGCCACGCUCUGGUGGCUGGCAUCGACCGCUACCCCCGCAAGGUGACCACUACCAUGGGCAAGAAGAAGAUUGCCAAGAGGUCGAAGAUCAAGGCUUUUGUUAAAGUGUACAACUACAACCACCUCAUGCCCACCAGAUACUCUGUGGACAUUCCUCUGGAGAAAGCUGUCGUCAACAAGGAUGUCUUCAGAGACCCCGCCCUCAAGCGCAAAGCCAGGCGAGAGGCCAAGGUCAAGUUUGAGGAGAGGUACAAGACAGGCAAGAACAAGUGGUUCUUCCAGAAGCUGCGAUUCUAAGUUCACCUGGUUUCUCAAUAAAUGUCUCAAAAACUCCA